AUGGCGUUAUCAACCUGGUCUGCACCUGUUGCUGAAGAUGGUGCUGGUGGUUUAGUGGAGAAUAAGCCUCACAAACGGGAUACCAGUCCUGAAUUAUCAGGCGCUUUUCACUUGAUGGCUGAACUCAAGGCAAAACGUGAAGUUAAUGAAGAACCUUCUAAACGUGAAGUUAAUGAAGAACCUUCUAAACGCGAAACUGAAGGACCCCAUCUCUCUAAACGAGCUCUCAUCUAUCGUGGUGGCGU